AUGGAGAAGUAUGAAAAUAUUAAGCAAGUGGGGGAAGGAGCGUUUGGGCAGGUGUAUAAAUCCAGAAGGAUAGCCGAUGGAACCGUGUUUGCAAUUAAGAAGAUGCCUGUAGAUAGAGAAACAGGCUUCCCGUUCACGGCCAUACGGGAAAUAAAGCUCUGCAAGAGUGUAAUUAAUAAGCACAUAAUAAGGCUCAACGAAAUUGUAUUCGAGGAAGGCUUUAUAUUUGUUGUUCUCGAGUACAUGCCAUAUGAUCUAACAGGGCUUCUUGCGUCGGGGACCAAGCUCAGUAACGAACACACAAGAUCUAUCAUAUCGCAGCUCAUAGAGGCUGUAAGUUCGAUGCAUGAGUUAGGAUUGGUACACAGGGACAUAAAGCCUAGCAAUAUCCUAAUAGACCAUCAUGGAAUGCUAAAGCUUACAGAUUUUGGAUUAACCAGAGAGAUUUCGGGGAUGAUGACAAACAGAGUGUGCACACUCUGGUACAGAGCACCGGAGUUGUUACUCGGGGAGACAUCCUAUAACUUCAAGAUAGAUGCAUGGUCUGUUGGAUGUAUAAUGCUGGAAAUGAGACUUGGGAGACCGCCAUACAGAGGAAAUGACGAAGUGUCACAAAUAAAGCUGAUAUUCGAGGAGUUGGGGGCCCCUCAGGACAGAUACAAGUGGUCUGAUUUGCUUGAUGUGGAAAUUUACUCCAAAACCAAAGACGCUCAAGUUAUAAUUGGAGAGAAGUAUGGGAAUCUGUUUGACGAGGAAGAGCUAAAGGUUCUUUCGGGGUUUCUCUGCCUAACAAGUAGGAAGAGAUUGUCUGUGGCAAAUUCCAGGCACUUCCCCAUCAUCUCCAGCUAUAAAAACACCUAUAUCCCACUAAACCUUGAAGAGUCCCAUGAACUCUAUACAAAAGAGAGAAAAGAAAUGAAAAGACCCUAA